GAAAAUUCGAGGAUGACGAGAUAAGGGUUUAAAGACUCGCCUUUCAUUCCCAUCUUUUUCAUCAUUAUUCCUCAUUACCCAGAGCACAAAGCUUGAAUCUUUAUCAAAGAAUCGUGUUCUUCUUAUCAGGGUGAAGUAGUUAAUGAAGAAUUAGCAUCAUUACCAACUCACGCGGCCCGAAUUUGAUUCGUAAUUGAAUAACAAGAUGACACGCGCUAUCCCAUCGUCAACAAGCAGUAUCUCUCUUAUCCCCGGGUGCACUUUUAAUACAAUAAAAACCAAAAGUGGUUCGAUAAAAUGUUGUGUAUUACCUCUAUCAACGUCCCUUAGAUUAUUUACGCAUAUCGGGGCAUUCGGGUCCCACCAUAAGCCAAGAUUCGGAGUAGCAUUAGCCACUGGGGUGGAUGUGGAUGUACCCGUAGAACAACAAGCUGACCAAUUGGAUUCUACUGUUUCGGGUCAAGAUUCUGGUCAAACAUCAAAACCAACAUCAACCGUCGAUAAAUCUAAACAAAGAUCACGGCCCGUUAGAAAGAGUGAAAUGCCACCCGUGAAAGACGAAGAAUUGGUUCCGGGCGCAACUUUCACGGGUAAAGUAAGAUCCAUCCAACCGUUUGGAGCUUUCGUUGACUUCGGUGCUUUUACAGACGGGCUGGUUCAUGUCUCACAGUUAAGUGACGGUUACGUUAAAGAUGUUUCAAGUGUCGUUUCGGUGGGCCAAGAAGUGAAGGUGAAGUUAGUGGAGGCAAAUAUCGAAACGGGCCGUAUCACGUUGACCAUGCGGGAAAACGAGUCCAGUAAAAACACGGGUCAGAAGUCAAACCCGAGGCGGGACCGAGAUGAGGGGAGAAAAAGUACUAAAUUUGUUAAGGGUCAAGAACUUGAAGGGACCGUAAAAAAUCUUACACGUUCGGGUGCUUUUAUAAACCUAUCGGAAGGCGAGGAAGGGUUUUUACCGGCUUCUGAAGAAGCCGAUGAAGGGUUUGGGAGUCUAAUGGGUGGCGGUUCAUCGCUUGAAAUCGGUCAAGAAGUCAAAGUUCGGGUUUUGAGAAUUGCUAGAGGUCAAGUAACUUUAACCAUGAAGAAAGAUGAUGAUAAUAAAGAUUUAGACUCAAAGCUUCAAGGAAAAGUUUUUACUGCUACGAACCCGUUUCUUAUAGCGUUCCGUGAAAAUAAAGAUCUCGCUUCGUUUUUAGAUGAUCGGGAGAAAGUUGAAGGGGAGGAUGUGAAGUCUUCAGAUGAAGAUGUAAUCAAACCUGUUUCUGAUGAAAAUGGUAGCAUUAUCAGUGAAGAACAAGUAGAGAUACCGCAGGUGGCAUAACGGGCUCAAUCGAACAAAUACCGAUGUUCGAGCUUAAGUCGUAGAGAGUCGAGGAAACCGAAACCGAAGUCCAAGUGGAAGUUGAUGUUGGAAUUGUAGCUGAGGGCCAACAAGUUGUAGAUUAAGAGUGUGUUUGGAUGAGUUUAGUAGUUGUAAGUUGAUUUAUGUUGAUUUGUAGGUUGAGAUGUAUGUAAAAGACUAGACAUUUUGAUGAAUAUCAUGGUUUAAGGUUAUAAAACAUUUAACUUGAUGGUAUUUGGAACCAUAGUACUAAAAUAAUGUGCUUCUUUUAACAUU